GGACGGGAGAGGUAGUCCUCGGUGUUGUUUAGGUUGUUAGUACAGUAGGCUGUAUCCACUUUCAACUACAAUGCCAGAGAGCUUCUAUCCAUGCUAAGGCUUCUAAUAUUUCAAAUUGAUUGAGCUGCUUUAGAGACAACAAAUGUUUCAUGACGGAUGCCAUGGAUGGGAACCUUGAGUCUGGAGAUGUGAAUAAAAAGAGAUCAGAGUUGUGCUAUGUAAUAGAUGACCUAAGUGCACAAUAUGCUCCUAAUGGAUUGGACCACACAGGUCUGUCACAUUCAGAAACUCCUAUUGGUGAGAAUUCUGAAUUUCAUCACCAGAACAUCCAUAUAACCUUACCAACAGACGACAUGAGUGACGCACAACAAUGGUCGGUGGAAAAAUCCCAACCACAGCUUACUUCCCCACAGUUGACCCCCACAAAGCAUUGCCCACCAUGCCAAAUGAGACAGCCAUCCAUUUCAAUCAGCAAGAGCAGCCACAAAACAUCUGCUGCACAGAUCCUCCAAGUGGAAGGAGAUGGCCUGUGUGCCUCCAUCCUCUUGGCAUGUCUGUUCUGCCAGCCUUGGGACUGUUUACUGGCCACGGGGAAAGGAUGCCAUGUCUGUGCCUCGUCCCUGUGCUCUUCCCUAUGCUCCACAGUGUGCUGCUGUGAGCCUGAUUCCCUGGAGCCUCUGUUGGACACGUCCCAUCACUGUGGCUGCGGUGGGUGUCUGGAUGCCCACUGUUGCCUGUGUGGAGGUCCAGGAUUUGAGUGCUGUGUCUGUGCCACAUGCAUACAUGCCACAGAGUGUCUGGAUCUAGGCAUGGAGAUCUCACAAAUGCUCUUCCACUAACCAGAUCAGUGUCAAAUGAAUGUGAACACUGUGAAGUGUCGGAUAUUGUAGAGAUUGUGUGGGCCAAACUCAAAGGACAAUAAUGAAUCGGCUAAAUCCUUUAACAAAUGUAGGUGUUGUACAGUGGAGGCUCACAAUAAUGUCUGGAACGGCGCUAAUGGAAUGGCACCAAACACCUGGAAACCAUGUGUUUGAUACCAUUCCACUGAUUUCGUUCCAAUCUCCAAUCAUUGCCAUGAGCCCGUUCUCCCCAAUUAAGUUGUCACCAACCUCCUGUGGUGUUGCAUCUAGAUCUUGGGGUAACUGACAACGUCUACUUGGUUCUUUGUAUUUCUAAGUCUGCACUGGCAACCGGAUUUUCUAACCAAUGACUCAAGGUGACCCACAAUGUAAAAGAGAGCUCACUGUAACCACAUACAGACAACUCUGUGAUCAUUUUAUUUCUGUUUAUAAGCUGUCUUGAUAUUGGCAGCAGAGAGAAAGGAUAGGAAGUGAGAGUGACUAUUGAGAGGGUACCACUGCACUUUACAUUUAUUGAGAUUAGUGAUGAACUAAAUCAUAAAUCUGCUCAUAUACAAAUGUACAUUUAAUUCAGAGCAAAGUGGCCCUAAGUGGUGAGUGAGGUGGGGGUGGGGUGGGGUAAAUUAUCUGGAAUUCUUAACUGCAAGGAAGGCAUCAGCAUUUAGAAAGACAACUGAGAAUGAAAAGUUAACAACAGCAUGGUAAUAUUAUUAUGGACAAUAAAGAGUAUGAAUUCUACAAAUGUAAUAUAUUGGUAGUAUAGGGCACAUUUUCAGUAUGGCUUGAUAUUCAGAAGUUUCUUAGCUACACUGUAUACAUUUAUAGAAAAUUAGUGUUGAUAUUCUUAGUAUUCAAGAAAAAAUAUUUAUAAUGGAAUUAAAGUUAUUCAAAUGAACCCACUUACACAGAAACUGUAUCUCUAGACAAUUGCACUCAUGUAUUGAAUAUCUGUAUUUUUGUUUGGGAAAAUAAAGCUGUAAACCUC